AUGGCCAAGAUUAUGACCAAGCAGGUCAUGCAAGGCUUAGUUCAAGAGCAAGAAGUAAGUGAGCAGCAGCUCGUGUUACUCGCCGCCUCAAAUGUCACGAUAAGUGGUAUCCGCCCUUCAUAUGAUAAGAAUGGGAACAGCUACCCCACGUGCGGUCUUACCUGUGCGGGAAAAUACAAGAUUGCCGCGAGAGGCAGCCAUGGUAGCGGUCUAGGGCACGGUACUGCUUGGCUGUGCGUCAUGAGUCGUUUGACUACUUCAAAACAGAACUUGCGGCGUCGUUCAUCGACUAUUCUAGAUAUGUCAUCGCUGCGCGUGUUAUUGUCGGGGCUCUGUUGUAUAUCUCACCUGCGGCAUGACCUGUCUCAAUACUCUCUGUUCUGGCGGGGGCGACAACACGAAAUGCAAUUAUUGCUACCGCCGGGCGAAACUGAGGCCUCACAAUCAGUGCGGGCAGACGUGCCGCGACGGGUCGCGUGUAAACUGCCUAAUGUUGAUCAUUCUACUGUUCUCAUGGUCGAAACGAAAUUCAACAACGCUUGGAAACCGCCAAAUACUGUCACCAAGCCACAAAUAAAGUAUGUGUACAAGAUCAUCGAGAGCGUGACGCUCACCAAGCCGUACGACGCUUACCGAUGUGUCUGGGGAAUGUGGGCCAGACGACGCUGUGUCAAGUCUUUUCCUUCGAGUUGCAACUCCGUCAAGAAGGGUUUAGGUGCAGAGUUGCGUGCCCAGUUGGCUGGUACUCCCUCGCGCAUACCACAUCGUCGUGAUGCCAAAUCGGCCAAGCGAAUAGAAAUUGGGGGUAUUCAUGGCAUUUCAAAUUGUGCGUGA